AUCAUAUUCUAAUGAUAUAUAUUUCGUUGGCUUGUUACCUACUAUUCUUGCAACUCCAUAUAUGAUGAUUCGAUCGAGCAUGUAUGCAAGUGCCUUGAGCUCCUCAGAGAGCGACUCGGAGCCUGAUGAGCCAGUCAUCAGGGAACAGCCACGCAUUUAUCGGGCUCCAAGUAUUGAUGAGGAUGAGAAACGAGUUGUUAGAAGUGCAAAGGACAAGAGAUAUGAGGAAAUGCAGACAGUUAUUAGAAAUCUUAAUAAUCAUAAGAAGAUCAAAGAUAUGGGCAGUAUUUUUAAAGAUUUUGAGGAUCUUAUUAAAGUCUAUGAAAAAUCUAAGAAAAUGAACUAUAUUGAGGGCGUUCCUAAUUUUUACAUCAAGCAUAUUGCUGAUCUUGAAGACUUUGUAAACGAGUCUUGGGAGUCCAGAAAAAACUUAACAAAGGGAACCGCAAACGCCUUGACUAAGCUAAAGCAACGCGUAAAGCGUUAUAACCGUGAUUUUGAGCAGGCAAUUAAGCUUUACAGAGAGAAUCCUGACGCAUAUAGAGAAGAUGUGGAGGAGGAGGGAGAAGAUGAAAUGAGUGAAAAUCAAGCUAGUUCAGACCAUCAGGAUGCGAGAUUGAUGCCCUCAAAAAAAUCUUUUGGUCCUGGAGAUGAGUCUACGGAUGAAGAUGAUAUUCCACUCCCUAAAAAAAAAGCGGUGGAUAGUUACGAUGAUAAUGAAGAUCGAGGUGAAAGUGAUAGUGAAGAUGAUUCCUGGGGAUCGAGUAGUGAUUCAUCAGAUAACUUGGACAGACAAAUGGAGGAAUUUAAGGAUAAUCCGGCAGCGUUCUUCCUUAAGAAAACGGAACCUGAUGGAAAAGUGAGAUAA